AGUAUGCUUUGUGGUGGCCACGAAGCCGAGUUCUUGAGGAAGCGAAGUUCUUGAGGAAGCCGAGAAGUUCUUGAGGUAUCAUGAAAACCUAAAUUUCUUAGUGGAAAGGCAGUGUUUUGAAUAUUCUCUAGAGACAACAAUGGAAAACUGGGACUUGUCAAGUGAUGAAAUGCAAGAUGGGAAUGCUCCAGAAUUGGACGUUAUUGAAGAACAUAAUCCAGUAACUCGUGAUGAUGAGAAUGCAAAUCCUGAAGAAGUAGUUGGAGAUACACGAUCUCCAGUACAAAAUAUUCUGGGAAAAUUUGAAGGUGACAUUAACAAGAGGCUUCACAUAAAGAGAAAACGCAUGGAAACUUAUAUCAAAGAUUCUUUCAAAGACAGCAACGUGAAAUUAGAACAACUUUGGAAAACGAACAAACAAGAGAGAAAGAAGAUUAACAACAAAUUUUGUGAGCAGUAUAUAACUACAUUUCAGAAGUUUGAUAUGGAUGUCCAGAAAUUCAAUGAAGAACAAGAAAAAUCAGUGAACAAUUAUCAAAAAGAACAACAAGCAUUAAAACUGUCCAAAUGUAGUCAGAGCCAGACCCUGGAAGCAAUUAAAGACAUGCAUGAAAACUACAUGGAGGGUCUGAUGAACUUGGAGACCAACAACUACAAUAUGCUUUUUGAUGUAGAUGGUGAACUGAGAAAAGAAAUGUCAGUGUUUAAAAAAGACCUCAUGAAGCAUACUCUGAAGUACUCUUCUAGUUUCCCAUCUUCAGACUAAGGAAGCAUGCAUAUUUUGCACUUGCUGGUACAUUUGUAACCAAAUAAAAAAUUCGCUAACUUUUUUGUCUCCUAUGAAACAGAGUUUGAAAGGCUCUUUAAUCCUUGUUAUUCUGAUGAUUCUAAGAAGGAAGUUAACCCCCAGUGAAGUUAUUACAAAGUUAACUAGGAGGUAUACCUUUAGAGUCAAAAUAGAACUCCUUUAUUUUUAAACAUCUUUAAUCAUUUUCUUAUUUAAGUGUAAGAGCCUGUUUAUAUUAACUUCCAAAUAAAAUGUUAAUAAAUAUGUGAGUGGCAAAUAGUCCUUUGUACUGAACUUCCACACACUAAUGUAGUGAAUUAUUUAAAAUUUAUUCUUUAAUCUUUUUUUAAAGUCCAGACUUUAUCCCCUCUUUGUCCACCCUCUGACUGUUCCACAUCCCAUACCUCCUCUCCCCACGCCCAUCUCCAAGAGGAUGUCCUCACCAUCCUACCCCCAUCCCACCAGACCUCCCUAUUCCCUGGGGCCUCAAGUCUUCUGAGGGUUAGAUGCACCUUCUCUGACUGAGUCCAGACCCGGCAGACCUCUGCUGUAUGUGUGUUGGGGGCUUCAUAUCAUCUUGCAUAUGCUGCCUGGUUGGUGGCUCAGUGUCUGAGAGAUCCUGGGAGGUCCAGGUUAGUUGAGACUGCUGGUCUUUCUACAGGGUAGCCCUCUUCCUCAGCUUCUUCCAGCUUUGCCCUAAUUCAACCACAGGGGUUCCCAGCUUCUGUCCAUUGGUUGCAUGUAAAUUUCUGCAUCUGACUCUUUCACCUGCUGGUUUGGUCUUUCAGAGGGCAGUCAUGAUAGGCUCAUUUUUGUGAGCACAGCAUAGCAUCAGUAAUAGUGUCAGGCCUUGAUGCCUCUCCUUGAGCUGGAUCCAAAUUUGGGCCUGUCACUGGAUCUCCUUUUCCUCAGGCUUCUCUCCAUUUUUGUCCUUGCAGUUCUUUCAGACAGAAACAAUUUUGGUUCAGAGCUUUUUACUGUGCGAAUGGCAACCCCAUCUUUCUACUUAAUGUCCUGUCCCUCCACUGGAGGAGGACUCUACAAGUUCCCUCUCCCCACUGCAGAGCAUUUCAUCUAAGGUCCCUUUCUUUGAGUCCUGAGAUUCUCUCACCUCCCAGGUCUCUUGUACAUUCUAGAGGGUUUUCUCUACUCCUACCUCACAAAGUUGCCUGUUUCCAUUCUUUUUGCUGGUCCUCAGCACUUCAAUCCUGUUCCCCACCCCCACAAUACCUGAUCAUGUUCCUUUAUUCCUGGCCUUGUCCCCUUUUCCACCCAGGUCCCUCCUUCCCACUCCCUGUAGUGCUUUUUUUUUAACUUUCUUAACAUUUCUAAUUAUUUUUGUUCAUAAAGGUAAUUGAAAUUUAUUUUUGAUUCAUUAUCUUAUUAGUUCCCAAAGGUACGAGAUACAAAUAUAGCAGGUACAUUGGUUUGAUUUUAUUUCAUUUCAUUUGACUUUUGAGAUAGGCUCUUAGUAUGUUGUGUAUUGUCCAGAAAUGUCUAGAAUGUCCAGGUUCAAGGUGAUCUCAGCAUUUUCAUGUAGGUGACAACAUACCAGGCUUACAUUGUUCUUAAGAAAAUAGUCCCUCAAAAAUCUCCUAUAAACACUAUAAAAUUAACACCGUCAGCUUUGAGAGAUGAAAAUAUUUCCUGUUCACUUACAAAAUUCAUUGAAAGAAAGUAUAUUUUUCUUGAAACAAACUAAACUGCAAACUGUGAGGCAGGAUAAAAGGAUUGAUUGGUCCCAUCUCACUGUUCCAGGCCCAGCCCCUUCUCUCUGUUCCCAUUGUUCUUGUUUCUGAGCUCUCUGUCUCUGUCUUUGUUUCCAGCUUCCCCUCUAUCUGUUCUCUUCCCCACUUUUUCUGACCUAAUGGCUUCGCUUCAGUCUGUCUGCCUCUAUCCCUUCCCCACUUCCUCACUCCUCUCCCCUCCCCCAAUAAAUUCAUUUUAUACCAGGUCUGUUGCAUGGUAUAAUUUUUCAGGGGCACACCUUGGAUGAGCCCACCAAAGGUACUCCCUUGCCAUGUUAUAUUUCAUAACACUAACACAUUAAAUGCAACUGACAAAACCUAUAAAUAUUAGUUUGAGACAUGGAUUUUUGUAUUCCCAUGAAGGCAUCAAAACAUCAUUUCAUUGAGCUUGGCCUUCAGAUAAAUGACACCUAACCUUACCUAAUGAUUAAGAAUGCUUUACAUGUGUCUUCAAACAUAAAUGAUCAAGAAUGCCUCCUAAUUUGAUGCUCAGCAAACAUACAGAAGUUUGAUUUUUAGAUUCAUUCUUUUUUUUUAGUGUUAGUAUUUCAUUUAUUCAGGCAGAUUCAACAUACAUAUUAUCCAACCUACUAUUCUGUGUAUUGAAAAUAUAUCAAAAUUAAAACUCACAAAUACUCACACACUGUGUCAGUGGCCUGUUCAAUGUAUUUAGAGUCAUUCUUAAGCUGUUAGUCUUCAUUCCUCAUUAUUUCAAAUAUUCAUUUAUAGAUAGAAAGAAUUGAAAUAUUUGUUUUACCAAAUACUCAUUAUUUAAACAUUUCUUUUAAAUUAAUCAUACUGUUUUUCUAAACUUACUUAAAUGAAUUAAUCAUCCCAGAUAAGCUGUUGAGUGACUUCCUGUAUUUCUGUCCAUCUUAUUUUGAGAUAGUUGUUCUCAUUGAACCUGGAGCUGGCCCUUUCAGCUACACUGGUACUUCAGCAAGCCCUGGCAUCUAUCUCUUUCCAAUCCUCCAGGGCUGGGUUACAGACAAGUGCUGACACACUUAGUAUUUACUGUGAGUACAAACACUUUACCCAGUUAGCCAACUUCCUAGCUCCUAUCCAACUAUUUUUUAAUUAACAUUAAACAUUGUUUAGAUCAAAAUAAUACCCUACUUUGUGCGCUGAGUUACAGACAUUUUUUUUCCUUGCAACAAUGUAUAUCUGUCAUUGCCUUUGGCACACAUAAAUCCACAACCUUGCUCCAGUGGCUAGAGCAUUGUUCAUUUAAUCCAGUGAUAACAAAAGUAGAUGCAGCAGGAGCAGCAGCUGCCCCAGGUCCUCUCAGGAGCUCUUGCAUUUAUAUCCUCUCAAGAGUCCCUAGAAUUUCAAACAUAAACUAUCUGCAGCUGGGGACAAUAUGAAGCAGCCCUUUAUCCCACACGUGAGAUUAAAACAAAACAAAACAAAAAAACGUACUCAUAUAACAUUACUGGGUUUUUAAACAAAGCAAAAUUCUCACACAUUCCUUCCUAUAAAGAGGAUGGAGGAUCCUACAACUCAGAACUAAAUAAAACUUAAGGAAGCUCGGAAAGCUGUAAGGUUUGCUGGGGCCUCCCAGAGGCUGGGAAAGAGGAAAACAAUUGCUGGGGUGAAUAGAUUAUCUCUUUGGUAUAGCUGCCUGCUGGUUGAGAACGGAGCUCCUGGGGCCAAACCCCAGCACUCAUGCUGGGGUUGAUUCUCUGUGAUGCAGCUGCAUUUAGAGCCAGCCAUGUUCCUGUAAAGAAAUGCCCCACCACCACCACCACCAAAAGAGAAAAAAAAAAAAAAAAAAACACAACUCACUGUUUCACAAGGUAAUAUACUUAGGUAGAACUAUAUCUGUCACAGUUGCCCUAUCAGGAGUAAAUAGGCAGCUAACUGGACCUGUUCUGAAAGUGUCUAUUAGCAUUUCUUUACCUUCUAUGGACAGGAUACAUAGCCACUACUUGCUAGGUUUGACCUGGCCCUGCUUUGUGGGACCAGCCUGCUUAUUCUGUUAUCUACUGUAUUUGUCUGACUCAGUUGGGCCAACGAGUUACUUGGACCCUGCUUUAUUUACCACAUCCACUUUUCAAGUGUAACAAAAUCACCUACUCCAUCUAACAACAUGGAAGACACUAUGUUUUGAUACACAUUGCUUCCCAACAGUGGAAUGACAAGAAGAUCAGAGCCGUCCCCUAAGACAGGGACAAAUGAUCCAAACAAUUCUAUUCUCUACCCUAGGACAACCAGUGUCAAUACUUUUGUAUGUCUGUGCAACCAUAGAUUAUGGCUCAUCAACUUCAUUGAGCCAUUGGCAGAACUCAGAAUGGGGAUACAGGCUAAAUGAUAACUACAUGUGUGAACAUCCUUCAACUCUGGCAGGUGCACCCCUAAAGCCCUUUUUUAUGAGCCACCUGGCAGGAGAAGUGAAAAAUGUUGCUCCUUCAAAAGGAGCCUGCUGCAUCAGACUGUCAACUAGGGACCUGGUAACGUUCUAAUUUCAGUAUCCCUAACUUAAGAAACCCCUGAUGGAAAACCAGCUGGCAGAUUGGAAUGGGCAUGAACACAGGGACUGUGUUAUAUUUCAAGAGAGUUUCUAUCAUGCAUUAAGACACAUCCAGGCCUUCCAUUCUUUUUAUGAGGAAAUAAAAAUUAGCCCACUUCUCAUCACUGCCAUAGCAAGAAAUCUGUAUUUGGUCCUGGUAGACACUAGAGCCCAGAAGCUAAGGGUCUAUUUUGGCCAUGUAUGUAAAGAAACUAAUAUGGAAGAUCAAUGGCCUUGAGAGACAAAAAAUAACUAGAUUCCUGCAAUCCUUUGUAUGAGAUAAGAUGCCCCAGUCCUGCUACAAAGGUUUGACUCCCUAAAACUUCAGUUAUUGGGGAUAGGUGUGGUGGCACACGCCUUUAAACCUAGCACCCCAGAGUCAGAGGCCUCUGUGAUUUUGAGGCUAGCCUGCUCUACACAGUGUGUUCCAGGUUACUCUGAGCUACAUAAUGAGACCCUGUCCAAAACCAAAAUCAAAACCGAAAUAAAACUUCAGUUGUUGGGGAAAACUGACCUACCUAGUGGAAGUGUGAUUUAAACUUCUGCUGGAAGCCCCACAUGCCUGGGCCAAUGAUUCUAUAAUGCAGUCACUUAGGAGAUCCAAUGGUGUGGAUCCCCAAACCACUUUGAACAAAACAUCUUUCCCUUGUCUAGUUUCUCUCAUUCCUGACAGGCUUGAAACAAUGUCAAUGCAGAUAUCAGGUACCAUGCCCUCUGUGGACUAUACUGGAUAUGUGGGGGACACAGCCUAGAUUGUACUUCCUCUCAACUCAUCAGGACUGUGUGUGUUGGGGUCUAGCUGUACAGUUUUCUUCCUGUUCCAACUUACCAGAGGGGACCAUUUAGAAAUCUUAAGUACUGGGAGUCUCAAAGUAAAUGGUGUGCCCUACAAAUUGGCAACUAGAAAUAAAAUUAAUGGCCAUCUGAGUAUAAAAUCCAUUAUCUUGGUCCAGCUACCUGGACAGAGGAUGGGUCCUGAGGCUACCAUACUCCCAGGUAUAUGUGAAACCAUGUUAUCAGGGUAAGGCAGAGUUGAAAUGAUUAUUAUUAUAAUAUUGUGACAUAUAAAAUUAUUAUUAACUGUACAAUACAAGUACAGUUGAAAUUAUUACUAAUAUAACUCCAAAAGCCCUUAAUGUACUGUUGUAUAAUACUGUCCUCAGAGAAUCAAAACCUUCCACCCUGCAGGAAUCUCCUUAAGCAGGGAGAUAAACAACUCAAAAGAGCUUCAGGAAGCUCUUUAAGCAGGAAGGUAAACGCCUCCAAAGAGCUUCAAGGAGUCCCCCAAACUGAAAACAUUCACUAGGCUCCUCCCUGCCAGAGGAAGGACUAAAAGCUGUAAUUCCCUCUCAGAUGCAGAAAGCUGAGCUACAAUUGAGGAGUCGUGGUGAAGAUGAGACUAGUUGUCCGAAAGAAGCAGAAACCAGUUGAGCUGGAGCUGCCAUGCCUGGAAGAGGUUUAGACCCACUGAGACACGUGGAAAGGACUCUCUCCAACCUGUUGAGCUGCCUGCAGGCUGUGCAGUGUGCUCCAGGUCCCCGGCUUUGUGAGCUCUCACCCAUCCUGGGGUGGGCUUUGGUGAUGCAGCUGCCUCCGAGUUAUUUCUGCUCCUGUAAGUAACCCCUCACACAUAUUCCUGUAAGGAAUCCCAGUAAUACUCAUGGGUCCACCAAGUUGGACUUCAUUGACAUCUAUAAUAUAGACAGUCCUAAUUCUACCACAGUUAAUGCAAUAGCCAAAAUUUGGCCUUUAUUAUUACAGAUUGUUUAUAUUUGCUUGUUUAUUGUGUAUAAGAACAACUCAGUGGAAUUCUCCCUUUCUCCCAUGUGGAUUCAGGCCUUGAAAUUCAGGUGGCAGGCAGGGAAACAAGACAUUUGACUGGCUCAGCCUUCUUGCCAGCUCUGAUUUUGCCAUCUUUAAUGCAUACAGCAUUCAAUGGCCUAAAGUUCAAAUUAUUUGGAUUUAUUUAUUCAAAUUCAUUUGUUUAUUUAAUGUGUUUGUGUGUGCAUAAUCUCAUGCCACAGUACACAUGUGUGGAUGUCAGAGAACAACUUGCAGAAAUUGAUUUUCUCCUACUUUUUGCAUACUAGGGAUCAAACUAAGGUCUUUAGGCUUGGCACUAAGCACCUCUACAAGGUGAGCCAUCUUGAUAUCCCGAAUUCUACCACCCUGGAUGGGUGCAGAAGAAAAUGGCUUUAAUUAUUUUAUUUUAUUUUAUUUUAUUUUAUUUAUUGGGGGGGGGCACAUUUCACUCACUGCUGCACAGACCUGGCAGCCAUAAAGAGAACUUUACAAGAAUUGGUUCUCUCCUUCUACAUCAUGGAUUCAGGAACUCCAGCUCAGUCCAUCAGGUUUGGUGGCAAGUACCUUUCUCUGGCCCCUCAGCCAUUUCACUACCAUGUUGAAAAAUAUAACACCAAAUGGUUUAAUUAUUUUAUUUUCUGUGUGUUUGUAUGUGAAUACAAGAGCACAAUGACAACAGUGUAGAGGUCAAAGGACAAUUUGCAGAAAUCAGUGAUCAAUUUCUGGAGUUCUGUACUCAAAGUCAGAUUUAGUGGCAAACCCCUUUACCCACUGAAGCAUCCUGCUGUAAUUCUACCUUGAAUGCAUACAAUAAAGUUGUCUGUUUUUAAAUUA